AUCAGAGAUCAGGCGGACGGGGACGCGGGGCGGCGGGUGCGCUCGGUGCACGCUCUCCAACAAAACAAACAAACUAAAACCCAAAAAAGAAACUCCGGAGACUUUUUAUUAAAUUGGAUUUUAUGCUUCAUAACUUUCCCCAAAGUGCUGAGUAAAGUGAGGUCCGCGUAGAGGAUCUGGUUCUGGGAUUUACUUUGUGUGUGCUGGUUGUCAGGCAGCGGGGAGGAGCAGCGGAGCGGAGCCGGAUCGAGGAGCCCAUGCGGACAGGACUGACUUAUCAAUGAAGCAGGAGAUCAUGGCGGAGGGUCCCCGCUGCAAGAGGCGAAAACAGGCCAACCCCCGGAGGAAGAACGUGUUGAACUACGAGAAUGUGGUGGAGGCGGGUUCGGAGACAGACGAGGACGACAGGACGCUGGUCUCUGAGGACAACGGCCUCGCUAAUGGAAGAGGAGGAGGAGGGGAGGAUGAAGAGGCGGGCAGCCCGGCCGGUGUGCCCGCUCUGGAGGCGUCGCCCCGGGUCGCCCAUGCCCUGCUGUCGUGCCGGGGCCCGGAGGGCUCAGAGAGCCGGGAGGCGCUACAGAACCACCACCACCACGGCUGGAGACUCGGAGACGACACCAACGGACGCCUGAACGGCAACGAUGACAGGAAGGACGAGUAUGAGCCUCUCGGUCCGGAGGUGUCGCUGAACGCUGUAGGAAACGGUACAGCGAGGCGACUGGAAGGUGUCUCUGAGCUGGACGAGUACUUUCUGAAACGUAAACUGGAGGAGGGUGAUGGUCACCCUGCAACCAUCGCCGAGUACCUGCAACGCAGCGACACUGCCAUUAUUUACCCUGAAGCCCCGGAGGAGGUGACGAGGCUGGGCACGCCUGAGGCCAUCGGUCAGGACGACAGUGAGCACGACCUGCAGCCCGGAACUCCUGACGACUUCGCCCAGCUGCUCACCUGUCCUUACUGCGACCGCGGCUACAAACGUCUGACGUCUCUGAAGGAACACAUCAAAUAUCGUCAUGAAAAGAACGAGGAGAGCUUCACCUGCCCGCUGUGUGCCGACACCUUCAGCCACCGCACACAGCUGGAGCGUCACAUGACGACGCACAAACCUGCCAGAGACCAGCCGCCACUGCUGAACGAAGAAGCUGGAAACCGCAAGUUCAAAUGCAGCGAGUGUGGAAAAGCUUUUAAAUACAAACAUCACCUGAAGGAACAUCUUCGUAUUCACAGUGGUGAGAAGCCAUACGAGUGCUCCAACUGUAAGAAGCGGUUCUCCCACUCUGGUUCCUACAGCUCCCACAUCAGCAGCAAGAAAUGCAUCGGCCUGAUCGCAGUCAAUGGACGAGUACGCAACGGAAACAACAGCAAGCCCGGCUCCUCCCCCAACUCCAUGACCUCAUCGCCAGGGAGCCCCACCCUCGCCCAGCUCCGCCACAAACUUGAAAAUGGGCGACCGCUUGGCCCGCCGGACCAGCAGGGUCAGCUUGACAUCAAAGCCGAGCCCAUGGACUUCAAUGAGUACCGGCUGCUAAUGGCCUCUCAGCACAGGUUUGGGGGACCAGGGGUUUACCUGAAUGGCCAUGGCGAAAGCCCCCUGGGCAUCCACAGCUCCUCCCAGAGCCCCCUUCAACACCUGGGAGGCAUGGGACUGGACCUCCCCUUGCUGGGCUACACAGGGCCUCUUGGGAACAACCUGAGUGAAGUUCAGAAGGUUCUUCAGAUCGUGGACAACACAGUGUGCAGGCAGAAGAUGGACGGGAAUCCAGAGGAGAUCUCCAAGCUCAGGGCCUACAUGAAGGAGCUGGGUGCCCAGAUGGAGGAGCAGAAGCUGGUCCAGGCCGGCUUCCAGGUGGUGGGCCACAGCAGCCCCACAAAAAGCAUCAUUGACUACACACUGGAGAAGGUCAAUGAGGCCAAAAGUCUGAUUGACGACUCCAAGAGGCAAGUGGACGUCAAGAAGGAGAAACCAAACCACUCAGUGGAUCUCAGCGGGGAGGAGAAGUCCCACGAUGGCCAGAACCAGUUCCUGCCAUUCUCCUGCCAGUACUGCAAGGAGACUUUCCCUGGGCCGAUCCCGCUGCAUCAGCAUGAGCGCUACCUGUGCAAAAUGAAUGAGGAGAUCAAAGCAGUCCUUCAGCCCGCUGAGAGCAAUCCUGUCAGCCGCAGGGGGGCGAUGGCCUCUGAGAUGCCCAGUAAUGAGCGGGCCACCAGCCCCAUCAACCCCUUCAAGGACCACGUGUCAGUGCUCAAGGCCUACUUUGCCAUGAACACUGAGCCCAACUCAGAGGAACUGCUCAAAAUUUCAAUUGCUGUCGGCCUUCCUCAAGAGUUUGUGAAGGAGUGGUUUGCCCAGUGGAAGACCCAAAACCACCGUGGAGGCAGUCUGAGGAAAAAGUCGCCCCCUCCUGACCGCAGCGGACCGGACAACAAGCACAGCUUGAGCCGGUCACCAAUGUCACUUCCUGCCGUAGAUUUACACGGAGGCUUUGCUAAUGGUGACGCCUCCCACAGACUCACAAAAGCCAACCAGUUUACAGCCAACAGGCAGACAACAGGGGACAAACCACUAGACCCCUUGGACCAUCUGAGGAGCAACACUCCAUCACCCCUCAACCUUUCCUCUACUUCCUCCAAAAACUCUCAGAGUAGCUCUUAUACCCCAAACAGCCUAGCUUCUGAGGAUGCCCAAGGGGAUAUACCACUGGAUCUUUCACUGCCCAAACACAUGGCGCAGAGGCUUGUCACUGUAGGAGAGAAGCGACCCAGACCCAAUGGUUUUGUCAUCAAGCACAACGGAGAGGCGCAAGGACAAGAACAGGGGUCCAGGCCUUUGGACCUGGUCAAUAUUAAGAAGGAGGUCCUGGGCUCUGACGGUGGAGGGAACUCUGUCCACCAGCUGGAGAAAAGCACCAGUCCUAUCUUUGGGAUUAAUCCCUUUGCUGGCGGUCCAGUCUACACCUCCCUGCCACCUCACGGAGCGUUUCCUCCACCCACCUUCAUGUCUCCUGCACAGGCCAGCAUCCCAGGCCUCAGGCCCUAUCCCGGCCUUGACCCCAUGAGCUUCCUGCCCCACAUGGCCUACACCUAUGCCACCGGGGCAGCCACAUUUGCUGAAAUGCAGCAGAGGAGAAAGUACCAACGGAAACCAGGUUUCCAGGGGGAGCUGCUGGACGGGACGGCGGACUAUCUGUCAGGCCUGGACGACCUGACAGACAGCGAUUCGCUGCUCUCCAGGAAGAAGAUUAAGAAGACUGAAAGUGGUAUGUACGCGUGUGACUUGUGCGACAAAACAUUCCAGAAGACCAGUUCCCUCCUAAGACACAAAUAUGAGCACACAGGUAAACGUCCUCACCAGUGUCAGAUCUGUAAGAAGGCCUUCAAACACAAACACCAUCUCAUCGAGCACUCGCGCCUGCACUCCGGAGAGAAACCCUACCAGUGCGACAAGUGCGGCAAACGCUUCUCGCACUCGGGCUCGUACUCGCAGCACAUGAACCACCGCUACUCCUACUGCAAGAGGGAGGCCGAGGAGCGCGAGGCGGCCGAGAGGGAGGCACGGGACAAAGGUGGAGGAGGAGGAGGCGUGGUGGUGGGAGGUCUGGAGCCCACCGAGCUGCUGAUGAGGAGGGCCUACCUGCAGGGGCUGGGGCCGCUCGGGUUUUCGGACCCCGAGGACCAGCAGGAAAGCGGCGGCGGUACGAUCCUGAGGGACAUCAGCGAGGGAGGAGGAGAUGGACGGGAGGAGAGGGAAGUGGACAACAAGACAUACGAGGAGGUGACAGACAGACAGGAGGCAAGUUUCAGGGAAGGAGAGGAGGAAGAGGAGGAGGAAGAGGAGGAAGGCUACAGCAGGAACCAGAUGGACUCGACGAGGGACGAGGACGGCAAAGACACGACGCGGCUGAUGGACGAGAGUUCACGAGAAGGGAAGACAGACGGCAAGUCGGACCAGAAGGACUGAUCCAGAAAACAUAAAAUCACAAAAAAAAAGCUUUCGAACAUUUGUCAUGUUGACGCGAUUCAGUCUCUCCCGUUUCAGACAGAAGAUCCUUUAUUUUUGAGGGGCUGUACAGAAAUUAUGAGGCGUGGGGGGGCCGGUCAGAGAAGAGGGAGCGGGGUGGAAAUAUUCUGGGACAGCAGAGAAGGGUUCGUUCAUUUAUCUUACCCCAAUUUUAGAUUUUAUUUUAAUCUUUUUAUUCUGUUAAUUAUGCAAUAUAACAGAAAGCAGAAAAAGCAUAAAGAACAUUUGUGAACUUAGAUUUAUCAGGUUCCGUCUUUCUGUUUGCUCAAGAAAUGAGCUGUUGACGUCAAACUAUUAUUGGACAAGUCGUCAACAUUUUAUGGAAGUUUAUUUAGACUUUACCGGCCCUAAGUUUGAGAAAAGAAAAGGCUCUGUUUCCAAAAUCAACUUUUACCAUAAAAUGUUGUCAAAUGUGAAGUUUUAAAACUGUAAAACCAAUGAUUUUAUCAAAAACAUUACAAAUGCCAACUAAAAUGAGUCCCUUUUUAAUCUUGUUAGUCCCGCUGGAAACAGCUCAUGCUAAUGUUUGUUAGCAAAAAUGACUGUGAUUAUUAGUAACUCAGCAAUGACACAACUGAAGGUCACAAUUUUAAUCUGUAUGACUCUAAAAUACAUUGAGGUUUCUAGCUUCUAGUUGUAAAAGAGUUUCGGGACUUGAUGCCAACUGUGUCUUUCUUGACUCUGUUUCCAACUCCUGCACUUCAGCAGACAAAUUACAGUUCAGACUCAAUCAGUGAUGACUCUAAACCUGUCCAGUAAAAAGGUCAAUUUGGGAGAAGACCCAAAACUAGAAGUUCACAGACAAGAAGAACAGACACACACUGGUAAAACGUACAAGAAGGAGGGAAAACAUCAACAGAUAUUGGUUGACAAACAUUUUUAAUUUGCAUUGUGAGUAAAACUGUGCGGUGAUAAAUCUCAAUUUAUCCCUUAAUAUCUGUAAGUGAAAGUCUUUGAAGUGACCAAAAUCUACAUUUAAAACAUGCAGCUAAAUUUUGUCUGUAAUAACUGCAACGUAAGGCUAAAGUCUCAAACCUCAGCAGAUAAAUCCAGACCAAACAGACCAUUCGUUUUCAGUACUAAGGUUUGGUCCCACCAGCAUUAAAAUGGUUAAGUUUCAUGGCAAUUCAGUUCGUUCCGGUUGAUUCGCUGCAAUCAGCGGAAUCAUUCGCAAGAUGACGUCAGUCUUUGCAAACUGCACUUAGCUGCAGUCGCAGUUAUGCUCUCGUUGUACUCGGUUAACUCGGUCAACCAAGUAGCCCCGCGAGUACAACGAGCACAGUCUCUACACCCAAAUAUAUCGCGAAGAGGCAUUAAAUAAUUUGCUGGGACAUUUUCUGGUGUGACCAGGCUUUUUGAAGGUUUUACCUGAAAUACAUCUGAUCUAGAAAAACCCAUUUAAAAAUGUGAUAAGAUUGAUCUGCAUAUUAUUUUCCUGAUGAUUUGUUUUGUCUAAAAAUGCCAGUCCCAAACCCAAAGGUAUUCAGUUUUUUAUCGUGUAUGACAAAGAAAAACAUAAAAUCUUAACAUUUAAGAAGCUGGAACCAGCAAAUCUUUUUUGAUUAAUCGACUAAUCAUUGCGGCUCUACUUUACUGUAUGUCAGUGUUACGAAACGUUUCACAUAAAGUUUGACUGGUCAACAUCACGCGUUGCCGACCUCUUCCACCGAUCGGUUGAAUGAAAUGAAACACGAGUGUGUUUUUGUUACAAAUAGGAUCAGUUCUGCAUAAAGGGGAUGGUCCAAAGAAAAUUCUAAUACCACUGGGGAGGGAGGGUGUUGUGCUUUUUUUCCAUUUUGUCUCUGAACCCUAAAUAAUUUUUGUACAGUCUCUAACCGGAGAUGCCACACGAUGACCGUCAACAUCCACGUCACGAAGCUGGGUGGGAUUGUUUAAAAAUCCACAUUAUGCAAAAAAAUAAAUAAAUAAAAUCAAAAAAAGGAAUAAAAGAAAAGAAAAGAAGAAGAAGUAAUAAUGAUUAUCAUUAUAAUGAAAUGAAGUGAAGCUGUUUUAAUGUACAGUAUUAUAAAGGCCUAAAAGCUGUGUGGUGCUAUAAUGUUCUUAACUUCCUGUGUCUUGUUGUGUUCGAAACCACCACAUCAGGAAAUUGCACUCGACUCCCCGAAUCACUACAAAAUAAAAAAAAUUAACUAAAAAAAAGAGGGAAUAAAGCCUCGAAUACUUGGUCACAUUCUGUCAGUGUUACUGUUGUAUUUUUUUGUCUUGUUUUAUUUACUGUGACAUUUUUUAUUUUUAUCCUGUUUUGUUAUUUUUGCCAACUAACCACACGAUU